CUUGGCUUUCAUUUAGUUUAGCCCCACGAGAACCCCAUUAUCCAAGACUUUUCUUUCUUUGUAAUAACUAUUGUCUUCUUCUUCUUCUUCUUCUCUCACACAGAUCUUUUUUGCAUUCCUCGUUUUGGACUAUCUCCUUUGAGGAAUAGAGACAAGACAAGAGUGAAUACUGAAUAGUGAAUACUCGUUUAGGUGGAUAAAUAAAGUGUAAGCAUUGUGCAGUGAGUGGUUUGUUUAAUGAGAGAGAUUGAUAAAAAUGACCCAUAACUCCUCCACUAUUUCUUUCCAUUUUCAAGGACCCUCGACUUGAGUUUUAGGACACACAAUGUGUUUUCUGGUUGCAAGAAAGAGACUUGAAAAUGAGGUUCUUCUUCGCAUGAAGGACCUUGUUUCUUCUUCAGAUUUGGGUUCUUGAGAGAAAAUAACUGUCAAAAGAAUCUCAUAUUUUGUUAGAGCAAAGUUUUUAAUGGAGAUCCAGAAAAAACGUUUCAAGGGAAGCUUCCUUAGCUUCUUUGACUGGAAUGGCAAAUCACAAAAGAAGCUGCUUUGUGACAGGCCUAACUUACCUGAUGUUUCAAAGCAAGGGAAGGAAAACAUGGACAGCAUGCCAAAGUCACAGGACAAUAGGAUAAAAAUGGAUAACAAUAGAGUAAAUCCUAGCAAUAAUGCAAGUUGUGAUAUUGAUUGUGCCAUAUCAAUUAAUAGUGAUGAAGGGUGUGGGGCUAAAGUCCCAGGGUUAGUAGCCAGACUUAUGGGUUUGGAUUCAUUGCCAGUUUCAACUGUCUCUGGGCUCUCCUCCUCAUCCACUUCAUUAUAUGGCUCCAACUCUCUUGGAUCUUCUCAUUCUCCUGACGAUGAUGUUCUUCACUCAAUGGUUGACUGCUGUUGCCCUGUGGAUCCCAUAAAUAUGCGACUCAAGCCAGAGAAAUCUUCUUGGGCUGCCAUGCAAUCAAGGGCUCAGAAAGUGGGAAACCCGGCCAUGAAGAGAUUUCAGACUGAAAUGUUGCCUCCAAAGUCUGUUAAACCCAUUCCAGUUACUCACAACAAACUUUUGUCUCCUAUCAAGAGCCCUGGUUAUACGCAACCUAAGCAUGCAGCUCAUGUAAUGGAGGCAGCUGCCAAAAUAAUUGAGGCAAGUUCCCAGCCAUGUAGGAGGAAUAGAAUGUCUUCAUCUGGAUCUUCAUCUGGAUCUUCAUCUGUUCCCUUAAGAAUUCUUGAUCUGAAAGAGAAAUUGGAAGCUGCACAAUAUGAAUUCAAAUUCAUGGAUAUGCACACUGCUAACCCUCUGAAUGGCAAACCUAGUGAGAGGAGAAACAAUUUAUAUAAAUCCUCUUCAAGUUUCAAAGGUUCAAGGGAUUCAGUAAAGAACAGUUCUUGUCAGUUGGCAAGCAAAGGAAAAUCUGCUUCCCUUGCAAUGCCAUCUAAAACCAAUGCUCAGAGCCGUGAUGAAUUGACUUUGAAUGGUAAUAGGAGAUAUAUGAGGCAGAACAAACAGAAUGAUGUAAAAUCAAACAAGUUUCCCAGGAGCCAGAAGAAACAAAUUGUAGACCGGGCCAGGGUCAUGCAGCAGAGAGCUUGUACAGGCCAGAGUAGCAAUGUGCUUGGGAAGAAUAACCAAAAGCAGAAUAGUGUAACCAACAAAGGUGGUUCAGCUUCAAAAGUGGACUCCAAUAAGCCAACACAAACUUGGUCUUCAGAAAGUUCUACCGGCGCCAAGAAGACUACAAAAAAGGUUGUUGUAAAUGCCAACAUUGAGCCCAAAAGGUUUGGCACAAGGAUCACUGAUACCAUAAAGGAGUUUCCUGUUUCCAAAAGGAAGGGUAUUUUCCAAAAGAAAAACUAUAGUAGUAGCGAUGUUCACAAUGAGGCAAGAGGUUCUAAUAGUGCAGCUAAUACUUAUGAAAACAAGUCCGUAAAAUGCAAUAUUACAACUGAUAGAAGUAUUGACCAGGAUGCAUUUAGCAUGAAAGGGAGCAAUGGUGUGAUUUCAUUUACAUUUACAUCUCCCUUGAGAAGAAACAUGCCCGAGUUGCAGUCCUCUACUGAGCAAGUGAUGGGAACAAGGAACGAAAUUGAGGUCAAUUCUUGUAAUAGUGAUAAGCUUUAUCCCCAAAAGUCAUCAUUUUCUCCUCCCAGGUUACAUGUAAUAGAUGGUGAUGCUUUAAGUGUUCUUUUGGAGAAAAAGCUGCAAGAAUUGACAUCUAGAAUUAACCCACCUCAGUGCUCCCUCACGACAGAAGGGUCUUCUACUGGUUUAAGAUCUAGUUUGGAAGACAAAUGUCAAAGUGUGUUAAGCACCACAGUAAGGGAACAAGACAGAAUCUUUCGCAAUAAAUUGGACAGCAUGCAUGAUAAUUGUUCUUCAAGUGAUAUUAUGAUGCUUAGCAUGAAUCAGCAACUGCAGACAUCAGAAUCAAUGGAAGAGCCUAGCUGUAGCAGCAACAGUGAAAGCCAAAAUGGAAGUUACUUACAUAGUGCAUAUGGCAGCACAAUUUAUUCUUCCAUGCAAGAUGAGGAGGUAUCUAAUUUUUCUCCAAUGAAUGAAUCUCUGUCACUCGAAAACAAAGCAGAAUGGUCUGAGCAAAGCUCUUCCAUAGUGAUGGGGGAUAACAUGGCCAGUGAGCAGUUAAGUUUAAUGUCAAAUUCGGCCGAAUAUACAAGAUCAGCAAGGAACAUGGAGCUUGAAUAUGUAAAGGAUAUAUUCAGCAAUGCAGAGUUGAUGGCAGAAGAAUUUGUGGUGGGUGAAACAGACAAGAUCAUAAUGGAAAAUCUCUUUGAUAAGUUGGAGAAUGAAGGCCUUGGGGCAGAAAACUAUGAAGAGUACUCUAAGAUUGAGAGGAAGAUUAUAUUUGACACUGUGAGCGAGUGCCUUGAAUUAAGAUGUAAACAAGUUUUUGUUGGAAGCUGCAAAGCAUGGCCUAAAUGGGUGGCUUCAGUUCAGAGGAAGAAGUGUUUAGCAGAAGAGUUUUACAAGGAAAUGCUGAGCUUUAGAAAUAUGGAAGAUGGGGUAGAGGUGGAUGAACUUGUCAGCAAGGACAUGAGCACUGGAUGGGGUAGAUGGCUUGACUUUGACAUUGAAGCCUGUGAGGAGGGUUCAGAACUUGAAUUUGAUAUUGUAACAUGUUUGAUUAACGAAUUGGUUUCUGAUUUGUUGUACGUUUAAUUCCACGGUGGCAUACAUUAACAUUCUUCACAAUGUAUAAAUGGAUAAAGCAAUCACAUGACAUGGUAGGCUUUGUAUUAGUUUUCUAUAAUUGUAAACAACUGAUCCCUUCAAAAUUCCCUCUAUGCAAAUCCAUUGGAUAGUGAUAUUUUUUAUGUACUUGACGGUA